GUUGCCAGCUCUUCAAUUCUCAACAGUUAGUAUUUUUAGACAUGUAAGUAGCUGGCCAAUGUGUCUUAUGACCAUGUACCUAUAAAAUCACUAGGACUCAUCAGCAUGACUUUAAACAUGUUCAGAGUGUCAGGACACCGUGAAUUAUGCAAAAAUUGUCGAAGACUCUUGUACAAAUCGUUCAACAGAAGAAGAAGCUCUGUGAGUUGGACCUCUAGCUCUGUUCGUGCAGCUUUCUUAGAUUUCUUCUGUGGGCGACAUGGCCAUCAGUUUGUUCCCUCCUCCUCUAUCAUCGCCAAGAAAGGGGAGGGGUCCUACUUCAUCAAUGCAGGGAUGAAUCAGUUUAAACCAAUUUUUCUGAAUGAUGUGGAGGAGGGUAGUCCAAUGGCUUCAUACAGAAGAGUGGCUAACAGUCAGAAAUGUGUCCGUGUGGGAGGGAAACACAAUGACCUUGAGGAUGUUGGCCUUGACCUCACUCAUCACACAUUUUUUGAAAUGCUUGGUAGCUGGUCUUUUGGAGAUUAUUUCAAGAGAGAUGCCUGUGCCUUGGCCCUAGAACUUUUAAGAGAUGUCUAUAAAAUUCCUCUGUCUUCACUCUAUUUCACAUACUUCAAGGGGGACGACUCCAUGCAGUUACCGAAGGAUUUAGAAACAAGAGACAUAUGGCUAAGUUUAGGAGUUGAUAGGAGCCAUGUUUUGCCAUUUGGAAUGAAGGAUAAUUUCUGGGACAUGGGACAGACCGGUCCGUGUGGACCCUGUACAGAGAUCCACUAUGACCACCACCCAGGAUACCGUGAGGUUCCACAUCUAGUGAACGCUGACUCCCCUGAGGUGGUGGAGAUCUGGAAUCUUGUAUUUAUGCAGUUUAACAGACAAGGAGACAAGGCAUUGAUUCCACUCCUAAAGAAUCACGUAGAUACAGGAAUGGGGCUAGAAAGAAUCACAGCGGUCCUCCAGGGCUCCACCUCUAACUACGACACCGAUCUCUUCAGGCCAAUCUUUGAUGCCAUCCACAAAGACUGUGGUAUACCAUCAUAUAAAGGAAAGAUUGGCUCCCAGGAUCUUCUUGGUAAAGACACAGCUUACAGGAUUGUAGCUGAUCACAUGCGGAUGCUUACUGUUUGUCUCUCUGAAGGAGUCCUGCCAGAUAAAGCAGAUCCUCAUGGACACAAGGUGAGGUCUGUACUGUACCGCUGUCUCCAGUCGUCCAAAGUUCUGGACAUCAGACCUGGCUACAUCUCCAGCCUUGUGGACUUUAUUGUGGACAGUCUGGGAGCUGCCCAUCCAGAGCUGAAUGCCAGUUGUAAAAGGGUGAAGGACGUGAUCAAUGAAUCCGAGGAACAUUAUCACAAAACACAAGAACAGGGAACCAGGGCUUUCAACAAAUUCCUCAGGAAAAGAAAGCAAUCCGGACAUAUCAAUGAUUCAGAAUACCAUGAUUUGUUGUCUGGUCACUAUGGAGCUCCUGUUCCCAUGGAGAUCUUGGAGGAUCUGGCACAAAAGCAUCAUCUGUCUAUACCAAUAUCAAAAAGAGGCUCUGAAGAACAGACAGACAAACAGACAAUCCAAGAGGAGCAAAUCUACAAUGUAUGCAACCUGAAAGAAAAGAAUAUACCAAGAACAGAUGACCAUUAUAAAUACAUGUACAAAGGGACAAUAUCACCUUAUGAUUUUCCAGAUUUGUCGGACACCAAAGUAGUGGGGAUACUGUCAGGAAAAUCUAUAGAGAUCCUGAAGUCCGGGGACAAGGGCAUCGUGAUUCUGGAUAAAACCUGUUUCUACGCUGAGUCUGGAGGACAGGUGGGGGAUACAGGAGUCCUUAAGAAUGAGACAGGAGUGUUCAUAGUAACAGAUACUCAGACACAGGGUGAUUACGUACAGCAUAUAGGUCAUGUGGAGGAAGGGGAGAUAAGAAUCGGUGACAAACUUACAGCUAGUAUUAAUCAGGAGAGAAGACUAGGCAACAUGAGAGCUCACACAGCUACACACCUGCUGAAUCACUCACUGCGACAUCUGGCCAGUGAUGCCAGACAGAAUGGUUCACAUGUUGAGGAGGACAGACUUUAUUUUGAAGUUUUUACAGCGAAAAAACUGGACACUGUGGUAGAUGUGACAGAACUCCAGAGGGAGGUUAGAGAGGUCAUAGAGAGGAGGUUACAGGUCACUUGUCAGAAUCUGCCCCUCAGUCAGGCCCAGUCACUGGACGGUGUCGUAUAUAUGCAGAAUGAGAUAUAUCCACACAUGGUAAAUGUGAUCACUAUAGGAGCAGGAAAACCUGUGUCUGUAGAGCUAUGUGGAGGAACACAUGUUCAUAAUACUGGAGAGAUUGGAGAUUUUUGUAUAGAGAAAUUAAAAGGUGUAGGCCAGGGUAGGAAGUCUGUAUACUGCUUCACAGGAAAACUAGCCACUAUAGCUCUUGAAAAUGGUGCUACAUUGAGGAAUAUAAUGAAUGAGCUGGAGAGGGCUGUCAAACAGAAUCAGGGAACAGAGGAUUGGGAGUCAAAGGUCAAGACCAUUAACAAGAUGAUGUGGGGAGACCUGCUACCUAAACUAGAGAGAGAGGACGUAGAGAAUAGACUGAAUCAAAUAGGACAUGUCAUCACAACCAAGCUUAAUCAAAUCCAUGAGCAGAAACUUAGAAAGGAAAUAAUCAAUUCUCACCAGGGGUCAUGUGAUUGGGUACUUCUAACUACAGACUAUGGGAAUCUCAAUGUGAUAAAAAAAGCAAUGAACAAGUUGAAAGUAGAUAAAGCAGUUGUGAUAGUGAAUACAGACGGUAAAACAACACAUAUUGUAAUGUAUUUGUCCGAGAGCUGUGAUCCGAGGUUAAAACAACAGCUGAUGACAGUAAUUAGUAACCAAGAUAUCCAGCUAAAGUCCUCCAAAACUAAAGAUGGAAAACAGCUUUACAUAACCUCCAUCAGAGACGCAGACAGGAGUAAAGAUUUACAGCAGUCUCUGUCUGAUAUUUACCAUAAGGAACUAACUUAUAAUAAUAAAGUUUAGUACAUAAUUAUAAUAAUGUCUUUUGUUGUGUCAGUUCA